AUGGCUGGACCACCGUGCUCGCUGAUGGUAAAUGCUUGCCAGUCGUUACACCGCCGUUCUGAAUGGCGGCUGGAAGGUGAUACCAGGUGGUUCAAAGUCCGGAUGAGCAACCGCAUUUGGAAGAACUUUGCAGUGGUUCUCAAGGCCAUCAUCCAUCGGGGUGUCUUCAUAUGCGUUGAGCAGCCUUCUCAAUCAUGGGCCCUGAAACAAGAGUACUUCCGUGAACUCAUCAAAAUCGGGAACAUGUGCCUCGACAAAGUUAUAGCAUUUUUACACAUAUUUUUUUUCAAAAAAAAAGUUUGA